AUCAUCAUCAUCAUUAUUAUUCGCUUUAGCUAUGCAAGUUUAAAAUGAAUGCGAUACUUUGGGAUUAUUAUUAAGAAGGCUUUCGAUUUUAAUAAAAAUGAUAUUUAUGAUCUAAAAAUUAUUAUUACUAUUAUUAUUAUUAUCAAUUUUUUUUUAUCAGCGCCUUAGAUUUUGAAUUUCAAUCUUCAAAUACAAAACACUCAGUUCUGAGUCUUUUUCUCCUUUAAGGGAGAGCCACUAGGUUAUAUCAAGUUGUCGCAAGUUGAAGCAUUGAGACAACAGGAAACUGGGGGGGAGGGGGAUACAUUCUCGUAUGCAGGGUACAUAUCCGCAAUCUCUUCUUAGCUGGGAGGGGGGAGUUCGAGCUCACUCUGAUUCAGCCGGAAACGUUUUGUUGAUAACGUGACGUCACGUUAACAACAAAACGUUUCCGGCUGAAUCUUGUAAGUGUAAGCACAGAUGUCAGCUUAUCGAGAAGUCUUCACCCGUCUUUUGUGAGCUUUCUUAGAUAUUAAGUGCAACAAAGAACUCUUUAAUCUUUGAUAGAGAUGAAAUGGUAAUUAUGUUUGUGUAAUUUACUAAACUAACUGAUUGGGAGGCUGUUUUAUCAGUGAAUGAGGGUGUUGUUAUUGCGUGUUCAAUACACAAUGAAUUGAAUAGUUAAAAUACCUUCCUGACAGUUUUACUAUCUGUAUUUGCUUGUUUUGAACAAAUUACUUUUGUUUCAAAUCUUAUUCUUUUAUUGAAAGAUUACCAAAAAUAGCUUAGCGAGGAAAUAUCAUUUAAUGAUUAAACAUAAUCCAAUGUCAGGUUUCACAGUAAAUACUCUAGAAAUUGUUUUUCAUGGAUUCCUUUCAAAACCAUAUGUAAAUGACAGAGGCACCCAUUCUCGGACUUCCGUCCUCGAAUAAAAGCAAUCGAAAGCCGUGGCUAAUGGAUCUCUGUUUGUCGUGCUGUUGGAGGUACUUGCAGCGAAACCGAAUAGAUGAACACAUCUCUGAAAUCCAGACAAGAAAAAUAUCUUCAAUGGAUGACAAUGUGGGACAAGCACUUUCUUACAUAUCACUAGGCGAUCAGGAUCUUAGAAAACAGCGAACCGAAGAAGCUGUUAUCCAUUUCUGUAAGGCGUACGCUUUGGAGCCUGGUCUAGUGAAGGAUCACCUGGUCGCUUUGCCACCAAAUACUUUACAUACUGUUCUUUGUACCUUAGAGGAUUGGUGUAUAUGUGGAGAUGACUCUGGAAGUUUAUUAAAUUCAGGUCUUACAGUUUCUCUUGGUCAAAUUUGUGAUCUCAUUACCUCUAACGGCUUACGCCCGGACAGCCGUGUAGCAUGGUCCACUAAACUUCGAGUGCAGAUGCGGAGCAAAAAAUUUUUUGAUGCCGUAACGACGUGUGUCGAUGCCUUGAAGAUAUUUUCAAAUCAUAGCGACGUAGUUUUCUUUCUAGUCAAUCGCGCCAUGGCCUACCUUCUCCUGAAGGAAAAGAAGUUUGCAGUACAGGAUAUGAUUGCUGCGUGUGACAAAGAUUUUAACGCUGGUUUAACUUGCAUUAAGGAAACUGGGGUGAAACUGCUUCCAUCUAUUUUAGAAGCGCUCUAUGACGUCAUCGCUACACUUGCUCAAAAGGCAAAAAACUUCUGCGAGGAGGAGAGAUUCUUGUUGAUCAAAAUUGACCGUAUCGUUGUUGGGUUAAAUCCCGAAGAUUCGUCAACUAUCGGCGACUGCGCAAGUCACAUGAUCAAACUAAAUCAACACAAGCAAGCCGUGGUCCUUUUGUCUGAUGGACUGGAUCACGUGACAUCAUUAGGGAAAAGAGAGACACCAGAAGUGGUGGAGCUGUUGCUUCAAAGAGCGCAGUGCUACUUAGCCCUGGGGCAGACUGAAUCUGCUUUGAAUGAUUAUCUUUGCGCGGCUGCCAUCGAUGAGGAUAUCACGCAGAUUACAAUACUUUCUUUACCCCACCAACAACUAGAUAACAUCACUGCUCUUGCUAAAAAAAUCGCAUCGGAGGUCUUGACCCAUUUUCGCCUUAAAGUUAGACUGAAUAACCCAUGUGCUGUAGAUGCCAAAAAUACCGCUGACAUCCUGGACAGAGCAGCGCAAAUGUAUAGGAUGUUGUAUAUUCUGGACAAUAACAACGUCGAUGCGUUAAUUAAUGCUGCGGAGUGCUUAAAGCUUCAAGACAAAGAUACCGCUGCAAUCAGCACGCUUGACUUAAUACUUACACUCCGCCCAAUGUGUUCCAAAGCUUAUUAUACUCGGGCAUUUUGUCACAUGAAAACCGCUGACUUGAGUAACGCCUUUGCAGACUUCGACAUGACCCUCGACAUCCAGCCGAGUUUUGUUCAAGCGCUUUGUGGCCGCGCUUUCGUUUGGCUCAUGAGUGGAGAUUUUGGCAAGGCAGCCAAAGAUCUGACAGCGGCAAGUGGGAUCUCUAUUAGUGCCACAGUCACCUGGAUAACAGAAUUACCGGACUGUGAACAGGAAACACUGAAGAAUCAAAUCAAGGAAUACUUAGUAACGACCUCUAAGAAACACUCACAGAGUCGUGGCUCGUGCGAGGAUGACUCGCUUGUCACUCUAGGAAACGUGUUGACGCGCGCGUUUCCCACGGACUUCGAGUGUCAUCAUGUGUUUGUGGAGAUAUUACAGUCGCUGUGUAAGAUGGAUGAAGCGCAAGCAAUUCUGGUUCGCUUAAUUACACACAAUCCCGAUGACUAUUUAGCAACGCUACAUCUUGCUGUGUUGAAAAUGAGACGAAACAGAACGGCUGAUGCACUAGAAGACAUCUGCACUCUUCUGAAAACGAUAGGCGAGGAGAAACUUGCGAGUGCAAUGUUGAGAUUAACGGAUAAAGAUCGCGCGCGUCUGACGCGCGAGUCGCAUUGCGAGGGAGUACAGAGAUUAAACACUCACCCAGGCGACGCUACAAUAGAAGGAUAUUUUUCCGUGGCCAUUGCUGCCUCCCCAAACAAAGCCUUGGAGUCGUACGUGUGGCGUGCGAAGUGUAGAAUCUCGAAGGAUCAACUCGAUUUGGCCAUCGCAGACUUAAAUUCAGCGCUUGUUAAAAAACCUAAUCAUGUUGAAGUGCUCUGUUUGCGAGGUCACCUCUUCAUCCUGAAAAAGAACCGAAAAGCGAGCUACAAUGACUUACUACUGGCGUUACUUCUCAAUUCUCAAGCACUCAAGACUUUCGUCCUUUCACUUCCUGAAAAUCAGAAGAAUCUUGUUAUGGGAACCCUUGAAGAUUGUGUCCAAAUGCUCUUCUCUCAUUACCUAACACAAGGUUUCCGUUCCAAAUUUAUAUUGAGGCUGUGUGAUUUAUUGGUUCAAAUAAACAAUGAUGUGGCGUCUUACCACAGCCUGUAUGCCGACGGGCUGAUAAUCUUUGAAGAUUACCGAAAAGCCAUUGAGGAGCUCGACAUCACCAAACGACUCUGUCCCGAAGAUGUAUCGAUACUCAGCCGAAGUGGACUCGUCCAUAUGAAACUCAAUGAAGUUGAAAUUUCGGCAGCAAAGUUUCGAGAACUGGCCGACGUGGAUCUGGAAGCCUUGAACUUCGCGGCUAAAACUUUAAAUCAGGAGCAAAGGGAAAUCCUGUGUAAAGAAGCCAUGGAUAAAGCAAACUAUCAUACUAACGUAAAUCAAAAUGACAAUGCCCUGGGAUUCUUCACGGUUGCCGCAGCCGCUACGUGUGAAGGUCAACUGAAGGAAAUCUUGCGCAUGCGUUCUAAAUGUUUUGAAAGGCUCAGGCGAUUUCCAGAAGCCAUCGAAGACAUGACGUCAGUUAUACGAUCGGGCGUACCAAUCGUCGGCGAUCUUGUAGCACGCGGUAAUCUUCACCUGCUUAAUGAGAAUUACAAUGGCGCAAGUAAGGACUUUCUUGUUGCUAUGGAAGCACAAGAGCUAACAGCUAUGACACUUAUUUCGUCCUAUCCCGGGAGAGAAGUGGCGAUCAAAACUUUUCUCAAAACUGCCUCAGCUGAUCUUGAUCGGAAAAAGUUCGCAGAUGGACUCAGGGUUUGCCUGAACGGGCUGAAGUUUGAUCCAAACAAUGCUGAGCUGAAAACACUGAAGCGAAAGUUUGAAUUUGGUUUGAACAACAAGUGUUUCAUCCAAUGAAAAGAGGCCAGAUAGUUUUUUUCAUGGAGAUUUCCAGUCACGGAAUGUCCUGAGAGAAUAAGUUAAAUUCAAUGUGUGUUGAAUUGGAAAUACGAGAUUGUUUUUCCUUCUUUGUUUUCUGGAAAAAGUUUGCCAUACUAGAAAAUGUUUGUUUAGUUCUUUCUUGACGCUUCAAAGGGAAUAGUAAGUGUUUCAACUUGAGAAAUGAAUGAAUAUCAGAUAGAUUGUGACAUGGAAACAUUGAAGUAUGUAGUUUGCAUUGCGUUGAGUUUUCCUCGUGCAACUUGCUUGAGUCGUGCGAUUCAUUUUGAAAUUACCCCGUGUGAUGAAGUUACAUAAGAAAUGCUGAAGCUUACGAGACAAAGAUACGUUCACUGAACAUUCACCUUAUCAUGGUCCCAAAUAUCGAUAUAACUUUCAUGUUUUUUUUUUUAUUUUCCUUGUGUUGUUUUCUAGAGUUUAUGAUUCAA